AGCCUCCUCUGCUGGGCGUCGCAGCCCCACUCCCCCUCCUGUACCACAGACACCUCUCUCCCUUAAAGGCUACCAGGCUGCCUGUGCAGGGACUGCUAAUGUAAGACUUGCAGCUGGGUAAUUGCAUUCUACAUUGCAGAAAUAUUGGGGACCAGAGGAAGAUCCCUGUAUAAGCUGGUCUCGAAUACACUUCUCUGAUGGCGUCCAAACUUCUGAGAGCUGUCAUUCUUGGACCGCCAGGCUCUGGCAAAGGCACAGUGUGCCAGAGGAUUGCCAAAAACUUCGGGCUUCAGUAUCUCUCCAGCGGUGACUUCUUGAGGCAAAACAUCCGAUCGAGCACUGAGGAUGGGGUUUUGGCCAAGAAAUACAUGCAGCAGAGUCUCCCGGUCCCCGAUGCCCUCAUCACCCGCGUCAUGCUCUCGGACCUAGAGAAGAAGACGACACACAGCUGGCUUCUCGAUGGUUUCCCCAGGACCCUGGUGCAGGCCGAAGCGCUAGAUAAGAUCUGUGACCUGGACCUGGUUAUCUCUUUGAACAUCCCAUUUGAGACGCUGAAGGAUCGGCUGAACACACGGUGGGUUCACCCGCCCAGCGGAAGAGUGUACAACCUGGAGUUCAAUCCACCAAAUGUGCAUGGUAUUGAUGAUGUCACCGGAGAGCCGCUAGUCCAGCAAGAAGAUGACAAGCCGGACGCUGUGGUCACCAGACUACGUCAGUACAAAGAUGUUGCUAAACCGGUCAUAGAACGAUAUAAGAGUAAAGGCAUCCUGCACACUUUUUCAGGGACCGAAACCAACAAAAUCUGGCCGUAUAUCUACACGCUGAUGAGUACAAAGAUCGCGCCGGUACACCCGGAGGACACCAGCCAGGCGUUCCGUCCGGAGGAGUCUUAGGAAGUUAUUUAUUGGUUUCUAUGUGCUGUAUCCAUGUGGUGAAAUGUUCUCACUAUAUAAAAAACUGAAUAUGCAGUUUUUUUUUAUUAUUAUUAUUAUUUUUUCUUUGUAGGCGCUAUCGGCACUUACGUGGGCGCUAUCGGCACUUAUAUUUUGAGACAUAGUUUUAAUUUGUUCCGUGUUUCAGAGACCAUCUAUGUUUCAUCCACCAACCAACUCUCCGGAUGCUGUUACAGAAUCGCCUUGUUUUGGGGUUAUUUUUGAACAUAUCUAUAUGGCGUAUUUGUUUAUUAUUGACCUCGUGACCUUUACCAUAGAUAUUUUCUUGUAUUUUUAUGAAAAAACAAUGUGUGUUUGUUUUGUUUGUUUUUAUUCUGUAAAGAGAAGCUCUAUACAAUGAUGUAACUACAAUCCAAAGAUGUUCAGAAAUUACAUAGUAUCUAAAAUGAGGUUAUAAUAAGAUUAUUCGCUGGGUGUUGUGUUCUACAUUAUAGAGAGACGCACAGCCCGGCCGAUGAAGAUUCGAGGUGGGAUAGUUAUUUCAUUAAUAUAAAUUCAUCAAAAAUGAUUAAAAAUCCAAUACAAAUUUUCAAAAA